CCUUUAAGACAGGGAUUUUCGCGAUUUACCCAAAAAUAUAAAGUAAUGACGUUACCUAUAAGAUGCAGUUCAGACAGUCUUCAAAGUCAAGCAAGACCCAGAUCGCGAUUGUGUUAAGUUAAAAUUAGUUAAUAUAAUUCAUGAUGUGAAUCUGUGGGAAGCAUUGCACAUGGCAGGUUGUAUCUAAUUCGCUUCUCACAGAUUGCGUAAUCAGUUGAAACUUCUUGUUAUUCGCUUGACUUAAGUUGUAAUAGUUAGUGGUGAAUGCUUAUUUGUGACGCACGGCUCCUCCGAGCAGAAGCCUUUUUUUUACAUUGGUCAAAGUUCAGCAAAGAAGAAGAUCAAUGUGAUCAUUUAGCUUAACUUACCAGGCAAAAUAUGUUUUUAUCUGUGUCACCAUGUAAAGGAAAAAUCAACAUGUGAUCAUGGUUAAAUAUUUAUAUAUUUAAUAUAUCGAACUAUCCUUGUAUCUAUGAUUAUUUAAUUUUUCUAUUUUUAUUUUUAGUUUUCUAUUGAAGAAUGUUAAAUGAAGCACUUUGCCUAGUUUGUGUUUCAGCUUUAUGGGGUUUAACGAAUCCUAUAAUAAAAAGGAACUCCAAGGGCAUAAAGGAUAUCAAUUGUGAAUCAAAUAUUCGGCAAUUUUGGUCAGAACUAAAAUUCUUAGUUACUAAUCUAAAUUACUUAAUGCCGAUGGGUAUUAACCAGUUGGGUUCAAUAUUGUACUUCAUAGCACUGCAACAUAUUGAUCUUACACUGUCUGUGCCAGUUGCAAAUUCACUGACAUUCGUUUUUACCGCAAUUUCUGGUUUCUUUUUGGGAGAAUGUUUACCCAGGAGAGGUACUAUUGUUGGAAUUUGUUGUGUCUUAUUUGGCACAAUUCUAUGUUGCUAUGAUAAAUAUAUUAUUGAAAAUCCUUAAGUGCAA